AGAAGCUCCAAAAAGUUCAUUAUUGACCCAUUUAACUAAAACACAGUCUAUGCUCACCUUAGUAAUAGAUGUUAAGUCUCAGCAUGACUAACCGUAUCCAUAAUAUGAAUUUAAUGUUUCACCAUGAACUUGUCAUCAAGUUGCAACAAGCUACUAAUCAAAUUUGACUCUACCGCUCGGGAUUGAUUAUGUUUCGUGGUUCGCAUAAAAUAGAGACAGCAGCAACAAAUUUUUUUAAAGCACAUUAAAAGUGUCAUCAAUAAUGGAUAAAUGUAAUUUACAUUUUCACAAAAUUAACGUCGUUCUCCUCCUAAUAAUGAUAUAUUGGCUGAAGUUAUCCAUUUGUUGGAAAUUGGAUAAUGACAACGUUAUGUAUAUGAAUCAGGAUAUUUUGUAUAACUGUCCACUGAACACAAUGUGUCGAUGCUUUCCAAAUGAGACCAAAUUACUGGAGAUUAGUUGUAAUGAAGUGUCUUUAUUUAAGUUCCCUGAAUACUUACUUGGUAGCAUAAAGCACAUAGAUAUGACCUACACAUUCAUUCAAAAUGUGGAUGAUGAAACUUUUCAAGGACUGCGAUUAGAGUCACUUAAAUUAGUUAAUAACAAAUUAUUCGAUUUGUCAGAAAGAAGUUUAAGCUUUAUGGCUCAUUCACUAAUAUCAUUAGAUAUAUCAGGAAAUCUUUUUCAAUCAGUUCCAUUAGAAUCAAUAAAAUCAAUUCACACUCUAAGUAGACUGAUAGCACAAAGAAACCAUAUACAGCAUCUUGACGCGAAUUGGGGCAAUUUAGCAGAUUCCUUAAGAAGUUUACACCUCGCAGAGAAUUCAAUAAGUGAUAUAAGCUUCAAUCACGAUGACAGACGACAUAAUAUAUCAACAUCAGCUUUAUCAUCAACACCAUUACUAAUACAAGCACAUCAUUCAAUAAAUGAGCAGGCAUUAAAUAAACAGCAAUCAAUUAAGACUUUCUCAAAAUUACGAAAACUUGUGUGGUUAGAUCUAAGUUCAAAUCGUAUUCAGCAUAUUGGUCCGAGUACACUUCCAAAGAGUAUUGUGACAUUAGAUUUAUCAAAAAACUUAAUAACAUCAAUAUCGACAGCUCUUCAAGAGCAUCUUCAUGAUUUAAGGAUAUUAUAUUUACGUGAUAAUUUACUCCAAAAAAUCAAUGACGUGAGAUUUCAAGGAUUGCGGUCGCAUCUCGAAAAAGUGGAUUUGAGUCAAAACUGUAUAGAUGAACUUCCCCGUCAUUUAUUCAAUCGGUCGACACAUGUUAAAGCGAUAAAUUUUGAUCGUAACAUCAUAACAUUUGUGCCAGAUAAUGCAUUUAGUGACAUGAACAUAUUGCAUCUAGUAUUAUCGUUCAACUAUAUUGCUGAAAUUCAUGCAAAUGCAUUCAUGACACUCGAAAAUAGUCUCGAGUAUCUUGAUCUAGAGAGAAAUUUCCUCAAGACCAUCCCAACGGCUAUUUAUAGUCUGAAUAAAUUACGUUACCUGUAUCUUACUUCCAAUAUGAUAAGUUCAAUUGAGUCAUUGCCAGCAUCAUUAAAAGUUUUAUCAUUAAGUAGUAAUAAUUUUUAUCACAUACCAAAUGAAGUUCUUAUUAAUUGUACAGAAUUAUCAUAUUUAAAUAUGGGAUAUAAUCGUAUAACGUCCAUAAAGCCCUCAACAUUCGAUGGAUGGGGUGGUGAGGUACAGACGCUUUUAUUACGAAAUAAUAAAAUAGGAGAUUUGAAAUAUGGAGCAUUUUCGGGUUUGGAUUCGAUAAAGGAAAUAAGUAUGAGCUUUAACGACAUUCAUUAUGUUCAUCCACUAGUUUUUGAGAAUGUAUCAAGGACAUUGAAGAUACUGGAGCUAUCAUUUAGUAUUUACAGUGAGGAUUAUCCACAGGAAGCCAUAAGUUUAUGUACUGAACUUAUGUGGUUGGGUUUGGACAACAACAAUCUAAAAAUAAUACCCGACAAUUCAUUAUCCACUCUAUACGAGCUGACAUACAUCAACCUAUCCUUUAAUCGACUAACAUUGAUCCCCGUACGUCUUUUUAUGGCCGACAUUCAUCGAAAUUUAUUGGAAAUCGACUUAUCGUACAAUGCGAUUGAGAAAAUAACAUCACAUACAUUUAGUGGCUUGGAACUGCUACAAUUAAUCAAUUUAUCGUCAAACAAGAUCAAAUGUAUUGAGCGCUUUUCUUUCCAUAAUCUCCCAUAUCUUACAUACAUCGACUUGACACACAAUCAAUUGAGGAAUUUGAGUGAAAGUAUUUUCGAAUUUUUGCCAAAUUUACUAAGCAUCGAUCUUAUGUUUAAUAAUCUCGUCACGUUCUCAUUAAGAUGCUUUAAACAUGUUUCAAAUUCCACAACACCGAUGUCUAUCAACAUCAGUAACAAUGGCAUCAAUCAUUUUGAUGGCGAAUUAAGUACAUAUCUUUACAUUUAUACGCUUGAUGCGAGUAACAAUCAAUUAUCAGACUCGCAGGCGUUUAAAAAUAUUGGAUAUUCCUUGCGCAUCCUCUAUCUUAAUGGUAAUAAUUUGAGUACAUUGGGCAAUCACGCUUUUGGAGAUUUACCAUUAUUGGAAGUGCUUAAUGUGGCACAUAAUAAUAUAACAACGCUAAGACGUCGAAGUUUUCAAGGAUUAUCGAAUCUACAGGAGCUUGAUUUAAGUUAUAAUCAUAUUGAAUUGCUACAAGUAGAACAAUUUUCCAAUCUUUUACGCUUAAGAUACUUGAGACUGAAUGGUAAUCGCCUUAAAGGAUUGCCACGUGAUGUAUUUCAAAAUACUCGAAUUGAAUUUCUUGAUUUGUCGCACAAUUUCCUCUCUGUAUGGCCAGUCCUGUCUUUCUCUGACAUUGGAUUUACUCUACGCUGUGUGCACAUUAAUUUUAAUUUAAUAGAAUAUCUCGACUCGACAAUGUACAUGAAUACACAAUAUAUGACUGAACUGCACUUAUCUAAUAAUCAGCUCAAGGUGCUACCUGAUAACACAUUCUCAAUUCUACAUAAUUUAACGUCAUUAGAUUUAAGUUAUAAUCCACUCAUUACAACAAACUUUAAGGAAUUACUGCUAAACAUCCCACAACUAAGAUUCCUCAAUCUUAAAUCCACGGGAUUGUUUACCAUUCCAAUGCUGUAUUUAAAUCAUUUGAUAGAACUAGAUAUAAGUAAAAAUCAAAUACAUGACAUUGAUUCAUUAGUGGAUAUGAAAUAUUUAAGUAAAUUAAUCAUAUCGGAUAAUAAAAUUUACAACAUCACAACCCUCACAAGAAACUUGCCACCAACGAUUCGCUUCCUCGACAUCUCGAGAAAUCCAAUUAGGAAAAUAUCAUCUCACGACUUCACAUCAAUUAGACGUCUCGAGCAUUUAGUAAUCGAGGAUAUAAAAAUCUCAAAUUCAGAUGCUUUCAUCAAAUUACACAAUCUUAAGACAUUAAGGAUCAGCUCGCAACAUAAUUUUAGUGAAAUUAUAUCAAAAUUGAGGGGAUUGCGUGAAAUUUAUUUGACAAUUUACGAGCAUCGAUUUGAUGAUAAAUAUUUCGGCAAAUUGUUGCCAAAUACCAAACUUAAUGUGAUCGAAAUUAGUGGACACAAACUGAAAUCGAUAUCACCUAAUGCAUUUCAUGGCCUCGUGCGCAAUGUCAAUUUAAAAAUUCGCAUACACAAAACGAUGAUUAGUGAUUUGCCAGCAAAUUUAUUCUAUGCUCUACGCCACAUACCGAAAUUGUCAAUUGAUCUAAUUGAUAAUAAAUUGUCGCGGUUCAUGGGCGAUGUGUUCUAUCCGAAUGCAAGUGCAUGGGAUGCUGUGGGUACAAAGAGUAUUAUUGGUGGCAUAAAUACUGGCAAUAGAAAUGCGCUCAUUUGUGAUUGUGAUCAUGUUUGGUAUGGUCAUUGGCUACGACGAUGGCUUCGAGAAUCAGCACAGGUCAAUGUCGUAUCAAAGGAUGAAGCAAAAAAGAUGUUGAAGCGAGCUAGAGAGAGUACGUGUAUAGAAGCAACGAGCGGAAAACGAAUGCCAUUUUUAGAAGUUUUUCCGGAAGAUCUCCUAUGUCAUGCAUCAGCACUAAGUAGUUUAGCUAUAACAUUAAGAUUAAAAUAUUUCAUUUUGCAUUUCAGUGCAAUCACAAUAUUGAUUUGUAAAACCUUUUUUGUGCACAUGUAAAAUAUGAAAAUGGAAAUUUAUG